AUGACUCUCACUAGCCAGAUCCAGGCAGAGCAGACGACAUGCCGCCUGCACCCAGACAACGUCUCGUCCUGGAGCAAUCUUCUGCGGGUCACAGCCUGGUGUAAACGGUUCCUUGAUAAUACCAGAGGCCGACCUCAGCAGUGUGACAGCAACGCAGGUGCUACCGUGCAAGUAUCUCUCAAGAGUGCUAAGGCUGUUUCGGUUCCCGAAUUGACGGUCACAGAACUCCAAGGCGCCGAGCGGCUCUGGAUAAGCUAUGCGCAGAGGCAGUGCUACGGAGAAGUAGUGUCAACGCUGAAGGAGAAUAAGCCUCUUCCACCCAGUGCACCGCUAACGAAGCUACAGCCGUUCCUGGACACUGACGGUCCACCGCUGCUCCGAGUUGGUGGACGGCUCCGGACCUCACACCACCUGUCUGACCAGUUCCGGUCCCGUGUGAUACUGCCCGCCAAUCAUCGCGUCACUCAGCUAAUUGUUGGGCAUGCGGAUGGACGCUGUCAACACGGAGCAGGCACGAACCAUCUGCUCUCUAACCUGGCCGAUCGGUAUUGGAUCAUCAAGGGUCGCCAGGUCGUUAAAUCCUACCGUCACCGCUGUGUCCGUUGCCAGAAGCUGUGGAGACGUGUCGCUGAGCCCAAGAUGGGGAACUUGCCAAACAUCCGGACAAGCGGACCGUUACAGGCAUUCGCUCACACUGGAGUAGACUACGCUGGGCCUUUCCUGGUCAAGAUGGGACGCGGACGAUCGAAAGAGAAGCGCUAUAUAGCUGCGUUCUCAUGUCUGCAGACCCGUGCGUGCCACCUGGAGGUAGUGCGUUCUCUGGAUGUCGAGGGCAUGGAGAUGGCUUUGGCAAGGUUGUGCCAUCGCCGAGGUCGACCAACACUGAUCCUCUCCGACAACGGCAGUAACUUCGUUGCUACCGAUCGUGAACUGCAGGAAGCGCUGAGGGAUUUGGAUCAAGCCAACAUCACAGCUGGGUUGGCGAUUCAAGGCAUCAGAUGGCAGUAA